GGAUGGAUGCCUGUCCGUGGUUACGCACAGUGGCCGGCAUCGGGGAACACAGAUAAGAUCGCACAGCAUCUUGCCGUGAGUGUGGUGAGAGAUCGAUGGAAUCGGGCGGGAGAGAGUGUGUGAGAUUUGCCAGUUUAGUCAUUCGAAUCGAUGUGAUCGGAUUGGAUCAGGUGUUGCGAGUUGCGUGCAUCGCGAGACGAUGGUAUUUUGGUGGCUGAGGAGUAGCGUGAUAUCGCGAUCGUGAUCGUUUUGCGGCGGGUGGUGGGUGCGAGAAACAAAACCGGACGGAUCCUGGUGAAGUCGGAUGGCCGACGGAGUUGCUCGGAAGAAAUACUGCACGUUAGUUGGAAGUGGUUUCGUUGGCAUAUUUGAAUGAUUUUUUGCUACUGAAUUGUAUAGAAAUACAAAAUGCUUGGAUACACGAGAGUAGAAAAUAGUUUUGUGGCAAGUUACAUAUUUGCUGAGUGUAUUAAAUUGCGAUGACAAACUUGUUUUGAUAAAAUUGUAGCUGGUAAUCAUAAUGAAAAGUUAUUGAACAAACGAUAACGUGCCGACCGGUUACUACAAUAAUGGAUAUAAAAAUAGAAAAAUUGAAGACUGAGCUAAAGACUUGCACGGCAUGCGGUGAACCGAUCGCCGAUAAGUACCUUUUCGACGUUGAUGGAUGCUCGUGGCACGGUUCCUGUCUACGUUGUUCCGUCUGUUUGACCAUGCUGGAGCGUCAACCGUCGUGCUACUUUCGCGAUCGGCAAGUCUACUGUCGGACGGAUUACGCAAAAACUUUUGGCGCCAAAUGCUCCAAAUGCUGCCGUUCGAUUGCCCCGUCCGACUGGGUGCGGAAAGCCCGCGAUCUGGUGUUUCAUCUGGCUUGCUUCUCCUGCGACACCUGCGGCCGGCAGUUAUCCACCGGCGAACAGUUUGCGCUGAUCGAUGAUAAGGUCAUGUGCAAGAUCCACUACAUGGACACCGCGGACGAGGGCUCCAACUCGAGCGAUGAUGGCUGCAGUACCGACGGUUUCAAUAAAAACAAAUCGAAACGGGUGCGGACAACGUUCACCGAGGAGCAGCUUCACAUCCUGCAGGCCAAUUUUCAAAUCGACAGCAAUCCGGAUGGGCAGGACCUGGAACGGAUAGCACAGCUGACGGGGCUCAGUAAGAGGGUCACUCAGGUGUGGUUCCAAAACUCGAGGGCCAGACAGAAGAAGCAUACUCACGUUCCUCGGGAUCACAAUGCGGCGAUGUUUAGCGCUUUGCGACAAGAUCUCAACAACAAUAGCAACGCGAGUCUCAGUGACAAUGACAGCGGUAUGGGAAAGUCUCCGUCGAUGUUUAACUCUCACGUAAAUCUUAUCAACUUGAUGGUGUAACACAUGGGUAUGCAAUCACUGUUGCACUUGCCAUCGGGAGCGAGCUGUCCAAUGGAUGAUUGCUGAGUUGGCUCAAAUGAUCCAACGGUGAAUAACAAACUGUACUCUCUACAAUAUAUAGAAUGUGACUUCGGAUGUAUCAUCGGAAGGGUUGAAACCAAAGAUCUUAGUUUACGUUCUUCGUCCUCCAGGUGGAACAAUAAAAUGCAUUUUAGCUAGAUAUUACUGGAAAUAUUGCUUGUUGUAGAUUUAAUAGAAAUGGAUUUUAUUCAUGUGAAAUGUAAUCAUAAAUACUUAAAGUUAAUUGAUGUGA